AGCUGCGAAACGUCAACCAUGAAUAUUGUCAGCUUGUCACUAAUUUUAUAGGUUAAGUUUCUGUUGCAUAUUUUUCAACUCCUAUACAGUUUAAUCUUGGAUAAUGUUAUUUUGUAGAUAUUUCAUGAAUCCAAUUACUUAAAUAUUCUGUGAAUUUGUGACUUAAAAAUCUGAUGAUUAUAACUUGACCUUAUUAACAGUUAUGCUGCUAUUAAGGUAGAAUAAUUGCUGUUAUCUAUUUGAGACUUAUUUUUUAUAUGUUGUUAGGAUUUUAAAUUGAAAAAGGAUUUAUGACUUAUGGUAUGGUAAUUAUUUUAACGUAUUCUAAGAUAGAAAUUACCGUAUGCAAAACAUUAAUCUGUUUACGUUAAUCAACUUAGACUAUUACUUUUAACGUAUUCCUACAGACUAUUUACAUCAAUCAACUUAUUACUUUUAACGUAUUCCUACAAACUAAUAAUUAUUUCAACUUAUUCUAGAAGUUCAAUUUAGUAUUUAACUCUUAAUUCAACACAUUCUUAGAGUCAGAUUACCUAAUACUUUUUUAACUUUUAUUAACGACUGCUUUCUACAAGCAUAACCAACCUAAUCUACAAAUUUAUUCAUUAAAAAAUAAUAUACAUUUAGUUAUUUAAUCAAUUACAACCUGUUAUUUUAACGGCAGCAUUCCACAACCUAAACCAAACAACAUAUCAAUCAAUAGCUAAAUUCAUAAAAAAAUCUCUGUUUGAAUAAAUAUAAUUAGACAACUCAAUCAUCCUAAUAGUUGAUCUCCUAUAACUUUGAUCAACUAUAACGCGUUAUUUCAACGACAAAUUUCCACAAAAAAAUAUUGUUCAAAGACUGGAUUCAAAUCAAGAAAUCUCUACUUCACAAAACAGACAGUCGAAUCAUCCUAACAGUUAAUCCAUUUACGUUAAUCAACGACCUCUUAUUUAAACUGCAACAUUCCACAAACUCAACUAACUAUGAUCAUCAACGACUGGUUCCCUAGCGUUGAUCAUCUCCUCGGAAAUGUCGAUCUCGGCUUCAUUCUGUGGCUCUUAUCUCCUCUACUUGUCACAUUCCUCCUGCCUUUUGUCAUAGUCUUCCUGCUCUACUCGACCGCAGUCAUAAUGUACAUCUACAAGUUUCACCGACAUCGUUUGCAGCAUGCUUAUGAUGUCAACGUAUGGCACGGUGCGCUCAAAACAUGCUCUGCGAUCUGGGAUGCACAUGGAUGGAUUUGGCAUGGUUACACCGUGCAAGGUUUACAAAACAUCCCUCAAGACACCCCCGCAUUACUGGUAUACUACCACGGAGCAAUCCCGAUAGAUCUUUACUACUUGAUCUCAAAAAUAUACUUGCUAAAAAACAGGUUAGUGCACACCGUAGCUGACCGAUUCUUAUUCAAAGUACCUGGUUUUGGAAUACUGACAGAAGCUUUGAAAGUAAUACCAGGAACUGUACAAACUUGUUCUACAGUCCUCAAAAGCAAUAACCUACUAGCGAUAUCACCGGGAGGUGUGUAUGAGGCCCAGUUUGGCGACUCCUACUACGAUCUAUUAUGGAAAAAGCGUGUGGGUUUCGCUAAGGUAGCACUAGAAUCCCAGGUACCGAUUGUGCCAGUUUUUACAGUGAAUGUACGAGAGGCGUUCAGGACUAUCUCGGUCGGAAAAAGGUUUUGGUUAAGACUGUACUCAUGGUUACGUUUUCCGAUGAUGCCUAUCUAUGGUGGAUUCCCUGUAAAACUGACAACACAUAUUGGGAAACCUAUUGCAUAUGAUGGAAGUCUAACUCCUGAGCAGUUACAAGUGAAAGUAUUGGCUGCUAUGAGGGAUCUAAUUGAGACCAACCAGCGGAUACCGGGCUCCAUCAUGAGAGGAUUAAUGGAGAGGUGGAUCACUUUUCCGACACACUGUAAGGAUGAAUAAUUAUGAGAAAUAAAUUGAACACGUCUGUGGAUGUGGAUUGAAUGAAAUUGAAAUAAAAUAUUAUUCAACAA